AUGAUACCACUUCGACGGUUGUUCGCUGGAGAUGUAUCUUGGUCCGUUUUAGCCCUCGCGAGGCGUGGAGCGGGCACUGUACCAACAGUCCGUGUCUCCAGUUCUAGUACAACUGAUAGAAAUGGCUCCCAAAACGCUGGAAAGCCGAGAGAGGUGUGUGCAUCGAUGCGUCAGGUGAAGACGAGUCCAAUGAAGCUGAACCUUGUGGCAAAGUUGAUUAGAGGGCUGUCGGUCAACGAUGCCCUGGCACAGGUGAAGUUCUGUGAAAAGAAAGCUUCAAAAUUUGUGGAAACAACCCUAUUAGACGCCCAGAGGCGAGCAGAACAGACUUUCGACCUUGACCCACUAAACCUUCAUGUUGUUGAAUCAUUCGUUGGUAAAGGCUCCUACUUGAAGAGAAUUCGCUACCACGGCAGAGGCCAGUUUGGAGUGAUGCACAAGUACUACGCCCACUACUUUCUGACGCUCCGGGAAGGCCCCGCACCGCCCAAGAAGAAACGAGCCAAGACUGACCACAAGAGCUUCGUCACUCGCAAACUGAUUCUUGCCGGACCACGUAGCAUUCCCAACUCACUUUGAAGAUUCUCGCACCACACACACACCUGACAAGUGAGCCCACCCAGUUGUACCAUCAAAGACGCCGAGAGAAAAGAACUAUUAUACUAUACAGGCC